AUGGCGCCCGCCGCGCUAGUUGGCGCGCUGCGACAAGGUGUGUGCUUGUCGCUGAAUGUCGGCGCACUCGAGCGCGCAAGUACUAGCGCGUGUCGUUCCGUCGGUACCCGCGCGCUCGCCGCUGCAGCAGCCUCGUCCGUGGCCGCUGACGCCAGGGGGUUGGAGCAGGGAGGCGCUCGUCUCUCCGUGCGUGCGGCAAGCCGUGCGGCACCAGGAGGCCCGCUUCAAGAGAAAAGUGGCGGCGGCGGCGACAGUAGCGAGGGUGCGGGCAUUGGGCGAGGGCGCAUCGCGGGGUGGGCGUGCAUCGAGCGGUGCGGCGCGUGUUGCCAGCUGGAUAAGGGCGAGCUGGCGCCGCCCAUCGAGACAAUUCUGCGCGACCCGAGCGAGCUGGCGGUGUACCGCAGCAUGGUGGGGGCGGACGGGUGGUGCCGGCACUACGACAAGGGCACUCGCACAUGCCGCAUAUACGACUCACGCAUCCUCGUGUCAAUCCCCAUGGGCAGUGCAGCAGGAUCCAUGCGUGCACCCCCUGCCUUCCCCCAUCCCUAA